AUGUCUAUGUGGUGUUAUUUCUCUCUUAAGGUGAGGAGAAAGAAGCCUGUGGGCCAUCAUGAGCAUUGCGACAAGUGUUACAACGUCCACUGCCAAGUCUCGGUGCAGAUCUCUGUCUCAUGCCUGGUCGUCAAGUGUCGUCACAACUGUGGCGCCACCUUCCACAUGUGCAAGCAAGAGGAGCACCAGCUCCUCUGUCCCAAUGAGACGGUCCAGUGCCUCAAUGCCUACUACGGCUGUCCUUUCACCAUGCUGCGCCACAGGCUGGCCAGACACCUGGAGGUAUGUCCUGCCUGCGUGGUCUGCUGCUCUCAGGAGUGGAACCGCUGGCCUGUUUCAGAAACGGAUCUGGCCUUCUACAAAAAUGUUUUGGAAAGCCCUCAAACUGAGGCCAACCUGGAUGUUGCCAUGGCCCUGAGGGACCAAGAGCUGCUGUUUCAAUCCAUCAAAAUGAAGAACAUCUUCCCCGAGUUGAUGGUGGGUAAGUCUGCCCCUCAGAAUGGUUCUGCUGGAGUCGACAGUGCUGCAGAUGAACCAACCUGUUCUUUAGAUUAUGGUGAAUUUACAGAAAAUGGCUGCACGAGGGCAGAGGGAAAAGAACUGAGCCAAGAGAAGAGGGAUGCUUUGGCAAAGAGCCGAGACGUGGAUGCUAUUCAGAACUGCAGCUCCUGGGAGACAAUAUUAAACGAGGAGAUGGAGGGAUGCGAGCAAACCGUGAACAACUUGAACAAGAAGGAGGAAAAGGCAAAGGAAGAGAAAGAAUCAUUAAACCACCAGGGGGAGACAAGAGACUCCCACCUGAGCCGAGAGAACGCUGCUGGCGCUCUGAGAAUGGAUGGCACAACUGGCCUUGCCCCUUGGCAAGACGGGGUCCUUCAGAGGUUGAGCCGGCAAGUCAACAUUGCUGAGUUCAACAUGUACCUGGCGCACAACGGGGCAAUGUUGAUUGACUUUGGCCAACUUGCAGCUUGCACCCCGAGAGAAAAGGAUUUUGUUUAUGGGAAUCUGGAGCCCAUCGAGGUUCAAACCGUCCGCUCUUUCACUGCUCCGACUAGCUAUCGAGCGAAGCGCAACUACUUGAAGGAUAAGAAGGCCAUGGCCAAUGUCAGCGUUGACACCGCAGAGUUGGGUGUUUCAGUCGAGGAUCUCCCAAAGCACGACGAGGUCAGCGCCACGCUCCUCCACUCCUUGGAAAAGGAACUGAGAGGACAUUUAAUAUCAGAGAGCGUGGGGAGUGAUGGUUUUUACGUCGAUAUAGGAACGCAAACAUACAGCUUCACCUCUGCGCCAUUCCAAACAGAAGCGACGCUUGCUGACGUCAUCGCCGACAAACCCCGCAGUCUCCACGUGCGGGUAGAAGCUGAGUCUGUCACCAGAAGACACAACAAAACAAGUUCAGCAUUCAGCAAUAUGUGUGGCCACUUUUUUCGGAGAGACGAAUACCGCUCUCAUUUCAGGAAUGUGCACUGUGACAUACAGGCCUCUCUGUGCGGCUGGUUCCAACAACGCUGCCCCUUGGCGUACCUCGGCUGCGCUUUCACCCAGACGAGGUUUCACCCCAAAGGUCAUCCAGCCACCGUCACAUUCUGCCGAGAUGUCAACGCCUUCGUCCUUCAUCCAGAAGUCCCUUCAUUCCCCUGUGAAGGUGGGGAAACCGUCAGCCCUCAGAGAAGUGGCGCACAUAAUCUGGAUCCCCUGAGCGGAUUGCCGCUGGAGAUCCUUCAGCACAUCGCUGCUUACCUUGACAGUUUCACAUUAUCUCAGCUGUCCCAAGUCUCCCAUCUGAUGAGAGAUGUGUGUGCCACAUUGUUGCAGGAGAGAGGGAUGGUCUCUCUCAAGUGGAAGAAGAAGACAUAUUCCCAUGGGGGAAGCUCCUGGAAAUGCCGAAAGAAAGUUUGGGAGUUCAGCUCUCUGUUUUCCUCUGUGGACAAAUGGAGCUUCAGCAACACUCCUUCCAUGUCUGAUCACCUGCAAUGCUGCUCCUUCUACCAGAGAGAGGAACACACUGAGCCGGUGGCUUUAGCCUGCCUGGGAGUGGUCGGAGACAAACGUGGAGAAAUAAAGUGCAAAAGAUAG